AUGCGUAGUGCAACAUAAGAGGAACUAAAAUAGAGAGCUAAAUUUAAUGAAAUUUCUUCAGGAGAGGAGGAAAUACUAUCAGAUUCAGAGGAAGAGUGUGAUCCAGAAAAUUAUAAUUUUUUAAUGUCUUAAGUUGAUUUGGCAGCAUUAACUUAUGGGAUUGUUUAAGAGGAUCAAAAAGGAUAAGAAAUAAAUUUAAGAGAGAGAGUUAGUACUCAGCAACUAAAAUAGGAAGUCAAUCAGGUAAAUCAACAUAUUAGUGGAAAUCACUAAAAUAUAACUAGUGUACCUAAUCCAAUAAAAUUGUUAGUUUCAAAAUAAAAGAGAAGAUAUAAUUAUAAUGGAUUUAAUUUAGAUCUAACUUGUAUUAUUGUUUAUUAAUUAUAGAUAUUACUGAAAAGAUAAUAGCAAUGGGUUUUCCAGCUGAGAAUAUUGAAUCAAUUUAUAGAAACUCAAUGUAAGAUGUAAGAAGAUUUUUUGAUUCUGUACAUCCUGGACACUAUAAAGUGUACAAUCUUUGUGAAGAAAGAAAAUAUGAUCAUUCAAAUUUUAAUUAAGUAGCAGAGUUUCCUUUUUAAGAUCAUUAGGCUCCAACAUUUUCAUUGAUAUAUGAAUUUUGUUUAGAUUUGGUAUAAAUAUUAUAUAUUAUUAUAGGAUUAUUGGUUAAAAUUACAUGAAAAGAAUGUGGCUGGAAUACAUUGCAAAGCUGGAAAAGUAUUUCAGUAUUAUAACAAAGGGUCGAACUGGUGUGAUGAUUUGUUGCUAUAUGUUAUAUGCUCGUUAAUUUACAAAUGCAUAUGAUUCAAUGAGGUACUAUGGAAUGAUUAGGACGAAAAAUAAGAAAGUACAAUAACAAAAGUUAUAUUAUUAUAGGGAGUAACCAUUCCUUCAUAAAUUCGAUAUAUUUUUUAUUUUGAGAAGGCUCUCAAUAAUAAAUGGGUACCUAAUGAUAUGCCAAAUAAAUAAGUAGAACUUGUAAAAAUUCGAGUGAUACCAGUUCCAAAUGUAAAUUUUUUUGGUGGUUGUGGUCCUUGGUUUCGUAUUUAGAAUAAAGAUAAAGAGUAUUCAUCAAAGAAUUAAUUCUCUGUAAAAGAAUAUAAAUUAGAACCAUAUAUAGAAUUUAAAUUAAAAGACAUUAUAUUACAAGGGGAUGUGAUGUUAUAAUUUUUGAAUUAAGGAUUCUUAUCAAGGUAUAUAAAUCAAUAAAUUAUUUAAGCAAUCAAAAGUUAUUUUAAGCAUGGUUUAAUUGUGAUUUCUUUGAUUAUACAGGUAUUUUAAUGAUUGAUAAAUUUAUGCUCGAUAAAGCUUGUAAAGUAUUUUAAAUUAUUAUCAAAGGAUAAAUCAGGAAAAACAUUUUAAAAAGAUUUUCGUAUUGAGUUACAUGUAGUAGAAGUUAAUUCAGAAAAUAAGUCAUUUAAUUCUGUACAUAAUAAUAGUAAUUUCUAAAGCACUAAUAAAAAUUUUGGAUUUUGA